GCAGCAGCGGAAAUUGGGCGAGGUCGAGAAAUAGUAGAGGAUUGAGCAUGAACUUGCGAAGAAGAUUAACAAGUUUGUUUCUUUGAUUAUCAUAGUAAGAGACUGCUACUUUGUAGCUCCGAGCAAUGUCGCGGCCGUAAGCUCUGGUGUAUAUUGCAAGGAGUCCCGCUGGAGCAAAUUCAGGCUACAGGGAAACAAGAAUGCUUAUUGGCUCCAUUGCUAUUAGGAGGAGAAUCUCAACUUGGCCUCCUUUCUCUGAGAGAAUGAAGCAAACGGAAAAUGAGAUUGUCGAAAUGUUUCACUUUCCUGGCGCCAAAGAAGAAAGCCAAAACAUUCCCAUGAAAAGAGGAAGGGUAUUGUGGAAGGACCCUUCUGCACGAACAUUGGAUGAGAGAUUCAUUCGGAUCUUGAAAAUAUUUAAAUGGGGUCCUGAUGCAGAGAAGGCAUUGGAAGUGCUAAAGCUAAAGGUGGAUGCACGCCUGGUUCGUGAGGUUCUAAAGAUAGAUGUUGAGGUCAAUGUUAAGAUCCAAUUCUUUAAGUGGGCUGGGAAGAGAAGGAAUUUUCAACACGAUGCAACGACAUACAUGUCUUUGAUCCAUUGUUUGGAUGAAGCUGGGCUGGUUGGUGAAAUGUGGAAGACAAUACAAGACAUGGUUAAGAGUGUUCGUGUAAUUAGUCCUGCUGAAUUAUCUGAGAUUGUGAAAAUUUUGGGCAAGGCAAAGAUGGUCAACAAAGCAUUGUCUGUCUUUUAUCAGGUUAAAGGUCGCAAGUGCAGACCUAAUGCAGUUACAUACAACUCUGUCAUCUUGAUGCUGAUGCAAGAGGGCCAUUAUGAAAAAGUCCAUGAGCUGUAUCAUGAAAUGUGCAGUGAAGGUAAUUGUUUGCCUGACACGGUUACAUAUAGUGCACUCAUAUCAGCCUUUGCAAAGCUAAAUCGAGAUGACUCUGCCAUUAGAUUAUUUGAAGAGAUGAAGGAGAAUGGAUUACGGCCUAUAGCAAAAAUUUAUACAACUUUAAUGGGAAUAUAUUUCAAGUUGGGCAAGGUUGAAGAAGCUCUGGGUAUAGUCCAGGAAAUGAGAGUGCAGCGAUGUCCCCCAACUGUCUUUACUUAUACUGAGUUGAUAAGGGGACUGGGGAAAGCUGGGAGGGUUGAAGAUGCAUGCAGGAUAUACAAAAAUAUGCUGAAAGAUGGUUGUAAACCUGACGUCAUUCUGAUGAAUAAUUUGAUUAAUAUUUUGGGUAGAUCAGGUCGUUUGGAAGAUGCUAUCAAGCUUUUUAAUGAAAUGGAAUUGCUUCAUUGUACACCAAAUGUUGUAACAUAUAACACAAUAAUCAAAUCUUUAUUUGAUGCCAAAGCUCCACCUUCUGAGGCUUCUGCAUGGUUGGAAAGGAUGAAAAAAGAUGGAGUUAUCCCCAGCUCAUUUACUUAUUCAAUUCUCAUUGAUGGUUUCUGCAAAACAAAUCGAGUUGAGAAGGCUCUGCUGCUUCUUGAGGAAAUGGAUGAAAAAGGCUUUCCACCUUGUCCUGCUGCUUACUGCAGCCUGAUCAACAGCCUUGGAAGAGCAAAACGUUAUGAAGCUGCCAAUGAACUAUUCCAGGAAUUGAAAGAGAACUGUGGACGCUCAAGUGCUCGUGUGUAUGCUGUCAUGAUAAAGCAUUUUGGAAAAUGUGGACGUCUAAAUGAAGCCAUAGAUCUUUUCAAUGAGAUGAAAAAGCUUGGAUGUAGCCCUGAUGUGUAUACUUAUAAUGCGCUCAUGUCAGGGAUGGUGAGGGCUAACAUGGUUGAUGAAGCUUAUUCCUUGCUUAGAACCAUGGAAGAAAGUGGUUGCGCACCAGACAUAAAUUCUCAUAAUAUUAUUCUAAAUGGCUUAGCUAGAACUGGUGGCCCAAAGCGUGCUAUGGAAAUGUUUACAAAAAUGAAUCAUUCUAAUAUUAAGCCGGAUGCAGUUUCUUACAACACCAUUCUUAGUUGUCUUAGCCGAGCAGGUAUGUUUGAACAGGCUGCAAAGCUGAUGAAAGAAAUGAGUUCAAAGGGAUAUCAGCAUGAUCUCAUUACCUACUCUUCAAUACUUGAGGCAGUAGGUAAGGUAGAUGGAGAUUGUAAUCUGGCAGAAUCAUGAAAACAAUUUGGAGCUGAAUCUAAUAUGAAUUAUGCACAGUGAGGAGGUUAAGACAAGUUAUUGUUGUUUGCAACUGCUACAGGUUGUCUGCAGUUUUGACGAAGUACUUUUGGUGGAGCCAAGAGCAUAUUCAUUGCAUCAACAUAAGGGAAAACUUGCCAUAUUGAUUGAAGAGCACGAUAAUUUUAAAGUUGUACUGGCAUUAGAGACUCAGCUAGAGAAUUGAUUGGGGAAUUUGAUAUCAUGCGGCAGGAGUCUUUAUAUGGUAACUGUUUAUAUUUGAAACAGUUAACCCUCCAUCCUCUGCGAAUUUAGUAGUCCACUUGGAGGCAUGGAGUUGUCAUCUGACUAAGAGGGACUUGAGUCUGGAUCCUUGUUUUUAAUGGUGAAGUUCUUGUAAAUUCAGAAAGAAAAAAGAAAAAAAGAUGGAGCAAUAGAAAAGAAAGAAUUAUGAAGUGAGUUUCAUAGGUACAUUCUUUCUGUCAUUUUUUCUUUGAAUUCUAUAACUUAGCAAUCAAGGGUUCUAAAAGAUCCUCAUAGAGAUUUUGGCAAUGAAGGCGGAAGUGGUGAUUAACUGAGAACUUGCUUUCCGUUACUUAAUAUGAAUUUCGAUCCUCUAAA